AUGGAACCUUGUUCCACAGAAUGCUCUGGAUUUCCUCUUGAGAAUACCAUGAGAAACAUGGCAGGGAAUGGCAAGACUGGAACAAAAACCCCUGGAAGUUCUGUGGGAAGAAAAGCUAGGCAGCAGCAUAGUAAAUUGUCUAAAAGAGUAGGUCAGAUCUCCAGUAAAGGAAAUAGAAUUGAGGAAACAGUAAACAAAGAGCAGAUGACUGGUUCUGCAAGCCAACAGGCACUGGGCAGGACUUCCUGAUCUUUUGGUGCCCAGGAAAGGACUCUUGAGCCUGAUGCAAAUCUGGAUUAAAGACAGAUUUCUGAUUCAACCAGAAGUGCAGAUACUUCAGAAAGCUCCAAACAGAACAAGCGUAAGAGGACACCUUGCGUGUAUGGAACAGGCUGUUACAGGAAGAAUCCCAUUCACUUUCAGCAGUUUAGUCACCCUAAUGACGAUGACAAUCAUGAAACAGAGAUCGUAACUCAGGAUAACAAUGAUAACCGGCCUGAAUGUCCGUAUGGAACGGCUUGUUAUAGGAAGAAUCCACAGCAUAAACUAGAAUACAAGCACAGUGCACCUCCAGUACCUGAGAGAAGAACACGACAAAAACUUCAAAAAAUGGGCAAAGCUUCCCUGCAGUAGUGGUCAGAGAGGGAUGAUGAACCACAUGAGUAUGACCUUAAUGGCGGCUUUAGAGAUGAUGAGGAAGAGGUGUGCAAACCUACCGAUGAAGACUCUGACUGGGAACCAAGUUCAGAAGACAAGGAUAACAAAGAUGUUGAAAUGCUUUUGCAAGAAGUGUCUAGAUUUGUUAGAACCAAAAAGUAGCCAUAGGGGGACAGCAUUACGAAUGCCCAAGCUGGUUAUGUUAAAACAUGAAUGUGUAAGGAGGGGAAUUGCUUUGAAAGCUAUUUUUUCCUCAGUGAUGUAGGCACUGCAGGAGGAUUUUAGUCAGCGAGGGGAUUCAGCAGUGUCUGUCUUUUCCAUAUGGGUUUUUUGUCUUAUUAAGUGGUGGAGCCAGAGAACUGAGCUCUGAAAGUUUUUUGUGUUUCCUGCCCCCCCCCCCCCCCCCAUCUAUUUCUUAUGUUCUUAUGCAACACCAUUGGUAUUUCAUGGUUUGAAACACAGUUUUAAAGGUUGUUAAUGCUUCAUCUUCCUGUGCUUGAAAUAAAUGCUGGCAUUAGGAAAGCCUUUUCUUUUGCUGAAGCACAGUAUAUACUGUGUUGGAUGAAGGGGAGUUACACUGCCCACCUGCCAUAUCACAGAUUAAUUCUUGGCCAUCACUGGGGAGUUUGUCUAAAUUUUGUUAACGUUCUUUUGAGUUAGUGCAGUGCUACUGGCUUUCCUCUUUGGUGUCAUUUCUUUGGUUCUCUUGAUUAAUACAGAUUAAAUACAGAUUAAUACAGUUAAAUACAGAAUGUGUAAAUCACUUGAGAACAGUAUAUCAGUGUAUCGAACCGCAUACACACAGUGACUAUGGUGUAUUUGCUGUAAUUACAGUAGGACCUCUUUCCAUGCCUGUACCUCACUGGAAUUACAUUCAGUUUACAACAAAGCUUAAGUCUUGAUGACUGUAUUUUUGCACAAUUAAACUUGUAACAUAC